AAUUUGCAGACAGAGCCCUCUGGCAUAACCGAACAGACAGGUCAGUCGGACACAAUCUUCUUUCUUGCAGAAGGAGUUCUGGGUUCGUGGGGGUAAGAAAGUCAGCUAGUUCUUGAGUGUCCAUAGCUGAAACCAAGUCAAGAAUUUCAUCACAUAUAUAUUACACCUUUGUCAGACCGACACACAUGGAGGAGGUAAGACGGUACGGACUGCACGAUGCAGUGAUAGAAAGAAACAUGGAAAUGGCAGAUGCCCAGAUCCUGGCGGGACAAAUAGUUGACGGUCUAAACCCAGCAGGAUUGACUCCUCUACAUUACGCCAUCCAGAUGGAAGACAAUUUAAUGAUUAAGUACCUGGUAAGUUUAAGUCCACCUCCGAAUGUGAACACCCGGAAGGAUGGCACGCCUGCACCUAUUCACCUUAUGGCAGAAACGGGAAAUGUGGAUCGUAUGCUGAUUUUGUUGCGUGCGGGUGCUGACCUCAAUCUCAAGACUGGGGACGAGGAUGGACUAACUCCAAUUCAUGUAGCUGUAAUGAACAAACAUGAAGACGUAGUUCGCUGGCUUUUAGGGUUCGGAGUCUCUGCUGACUCUGUUUCAGAAGGAAAAACCCCAUUGAUGUGUGCUGUAGACAAAGGUGAUACUGGUAUGAUACGGCUUCUUUUGGACGCAGGGGCAAAUGUCAACUUCGUGAGCAGCGAUGAGUACGGUUUUACAGCGCUCCAUUUAGCUGUGAAAGACCUCAAAUACGAAAUUGCGGCAAUGUUAAAAGCACGAGGAGCAGACGUGUCCAUUUGGAGCAAGUUUGAUCAGUGCAGCCCAGUGCACUGGGCUGCACAGAUGGGUACCAUGAAUAUGCUUAGUUUAUUAACCGAGAACGCAAUUGAAGCAAGUAAACCGACGGGAGAUGGUGACUACCCAGUACACUUCGCAGCCCUUUCUGGUAAUCUUUGGAUGAUAAAUUUCUUGGUCGCCAAUAGAGCCACUCCAGCUCUGUUGUACAAUAAUGCUGGAUACACACCUCUGCACAUAGCUGCGAAGCAUGAUAAACGUAGAAUGGUUCCAUUCAUAAUUAAUUCUGGUUACAUUGAAGUUGAUGUACUCUCAGCAAAAGGCAACUGGACUCCGCUUCAUGUUGCAUUGUAUCAUAACAAAGGCGAUAUAGCGGACAUAUUAAUAGCGUCUGGUGCUAAUGUAAACAGUUUGACGUCGGACACACAUUACAGUCCCAUGCAUUUCGCAAUUUUACAUAACUCUUAUGAGUACUUAGAAACGCUUUACGAAUGUAAAGGCGAUCUAUCUAUCCAUCAGAGGGCAGAUCAUGUCGAGCCUUUGUUGGUCAUGGCUACAACGAAAAAAUGUUAUGGUAUUGCAAAAUAUUUACUAGAUUGCGGAGCACAUGUUGACGCUGCGGAUGACAAAGGAUUCACUGCUUUACAUCAUGCUGUUAGCAUUAGAUUGCAUCGCUUUAUCAGGUUAUUGCUUACUCGCAGGGCAAGUGUUAAUAUCCAAGCCUAUAAUGGGGAAACAGUUCUUCACUUCCUAAGCCGAGUUAUUGAUUCGACUACACUGGACAGAUUUUCUGCAUUGGCAAUGGACCUUGGAAUUGUAAAUAACAUGGGAAUGACUCCUGUACACACUGCUGCAUGGAGAGGGAAUUACAAGUUCUUGGAUAAGUUUGCCACUAAUCCCAUACAUUUGUUCAGGCGAACGGAAGAUGAGAAUAUGGAUUAUCCCUUCCACCUGGCUGCUUUAGGCGGACAUGCUAAGGCUGUUUUGUUUUAUCUAGGAAGGAUGAACGUGGAUAUAUACAAUGCAUUUGGCAGAACUGUAUUGUAUAAUGCAGCUGUAGGAGGGUCAGUGGUAGUGGUUUCGACGCUGCUAGCCAGAGGUGCAUCUGUGAACGGUUCUGAACAAUCUCUCGAUUGUAAAACGCCACUGCACGCUGCAAUCACAAACAAACAUGUUGGAGUGGUCAGGUGCUUGUUGGACGCUAAUGCAGACGUGAACGCGAGGGUGCUUCCCGAACAGUACACUCCUCUGCAUUUGGCUGUUUUUACGAACGACGUACUUUCAUUGAGGUUGCUUCUCGAUCGAGGAGCAGACCGAAAUCUACGUACCAUCGAUGGACACACUGCUAUGAACUUGGCGCGGUCUCUCGGUCGCCAGAAUAUGUUACAGGAUCUUGGUGUUCAAGUGUAAUUACGAACCUCAAAUAUUAUACAUUUUUUUAGUGUUAUUUUCGAAUUUUGGACGUAAUAUGCAUGUUUGGUGGAAAGUUAGAUACCCAAGCUAUUUUAAAAUGCAGAAAUAAGGGAGGCGGUUCAUCAGCCCAAUACUUUUUGAACACAGUAUACAGAUAUCAAGGCGUUAAACUUGCUGAUGUGCCAUCGUAUCUCAGUUUUUGUACCAUUUAACAUAUUUAAAAUGCAUUUUAUGUGGAUUUUUUAAAAAGAAAUAUUCAUCGUAGUCGGAACAGGAUGUAAAAUUAACAUGAUUUGUCUUCUGUCAAGAGAUAUUUUUGAGAAUAAGUAUAUAUCACUUCUGAUAACGUUUAUAAUGCCUAUACCAUCAAGACUCAAACAUACAAUAGUUUUCCAUUCGAUUUUUAUCGCAAAGAGUUCAGGUGAGCUGGUACCCCAUGUAAGCGUGCAACAACAUUGAAUAGCAAUCUGAGUUAAAACUUGCCAAUGAUAGUUCAUCAGAUGGCUAGAAUUGCUCGGGAAUUAAAAAUAACUUAAAACAAUUCUAAAUUAGGUAACUAUAAGAAUUUACUUUUUGAAACGCUCAUAUUCUCCGAUCUCUUAUCUUCAUUCUAUUUACGCUACUAUUUUUACUGUAAUUGUUUGCUAAGGAGAGCUACUCCAGUGUAAGUUAAGAGGCAAAAUAAUGUUUGCUUCUCGUGGUGGUAUGGUGGCAUUACGUUUUCAGGCAUUAAUGGUUUAAAUCGUUUAUCAGAGCGGGCGAAGAAGAAUAAACAAUGUGCUGUCCAUAUCAGCAUCUCGGUUCAGCGAGUGAGUCGUGGAUCCGUUUGCGCGAGAGACAGUUUAGUACAGUUUAUGUUUAAUUAAGAUGUUAUGCCUAAAUUUUUUGCAAAGUUUUUAGUAAAAAUAUUGUUUAGGAAACAUGUGCUAAAUUAUUUGGAUUUAGUAUUCAUUUUGUAAAAAGUGCCUCUAAAUUCAACAGUUUUUUGUUUGUUUUUAAAUUAGAUCUAUGAGCCAUGAGACGAAUUAUACGCCCAAAUAUAAUUCACUAAAUUAUUUUAUCAGUCCCUUCCAUAUUUCUGAUUUAAACGUAUGCUUUAUUUCUGUACAAUGCAUAAAAAUGUAAUUUCAUAAUUACUUUACUGAACUGUAUCUCUCUGUAUAAAUGGUUGUAAAUGUUUGUAAAUGACCGUGCAGUCUGAGUAUGUGUGAAAUGUAAACAGAAACUGUCAAUAAAUCUUAUUAAUUUCUUUAACGUU